AUGAAUGAAUUGGCCAAGCGUGCGGCCGAGUCCGUUGGCUCGACGCUCACCGAAUGCGCCCGGGUCGAAGAGUUCCCCGACGGGAUGUUCAACAAGGCGUUUCUGUUCACGAUGCAAGAUGGUACGCAAGUGGUGGGGAAGAUUCCCACCCCUAACGCGGGGCGGGCUCAUUAUACCACCGCCAGUGAAGUGGCCACCAUGGAUUUUGUCCGAAAUCAUCUAGGGACCCCGGUACCCAGAGUGUUAGAUUGGAGCUCCAAAGCAAACGAGAAUCCCGUGGGCGCGAAAUACAUCUUAAUGGAGAUGGUUACAGGCGUCUAA